UAAAUCCGUUGAUAUUGGAACGCAGCAGGAAAACAACUCUGGGGUAACCAACAAAAUGGUCAAACGCACCGACGGCACAGAAUCUCCCAUACUGGCUGAAGACGCUGGCGAUGGGCACGACAAACCCCGUUUGCGAUAUGGAGAAUUAGUUAUACUUGGCUACAAUGGCUACUUGCCACAGGGCGAUCGCGGUCGUCGACGCUCCAAAUUCGUGUUGCACAAGCGCACGGAGCCGAGCGGCGUCAAGCGCUCCAAGCAUUACAUCGUACAAUCACCACAGACAUCGAAGGCCAUACUGGAUGCCAACCAGCACUCGAUAUCGUAUACACUCUCACGUAACCAGGCUGUCAUAGUCGAGUACAAGGAGGACACAGAAACGGAUAUGUUUCAGGUGGGACGUUCGUCAGAAUCGCCCAUUGAUUUUGUUGUAAUGGAUACGCUGCCCGGUGAUAAGAAGGACGCGAAGGUGAUGCAGAGCACGAUUUCACGUUUCGCCUGCCGCAUUUUGGUUAAUCGCUGUGAGCCCGCCAAGGCGAAAAUCUUUGCCGCCGGCUUCGAUUCGAGCAGAAAUAUAUUCUUGGGCGAAAAGGCCACCAAGUGGCAGGACAAUGUGGAAAUCGACGGCCUGACCACAAAUGGCGUUUUAAUAAUGCAUCCCAAAGGCUCGUUCUGUGGCGGCAAUGCCAAGUGCGGACUCUGGCGCGAAUGCUCCGUGGGUGGCGAUGUUUUCAGCCUGCGUGAGUCGCGUUCGGCACAACAAAAGGGUCAGCCCAUCUACGAUGAAUGCAACAUCUUGCAGGAUGGCACACUCAUUGAUCUCUGCGGCGCAACGUUGCUCUGGCGUUCCGCCGAGGGAUUGCAACAUUCACCGACCAAACACGAUUUGGAAAAGCUUAUCGAUGCCAUUAACGCUGGUCGUCCACAGUGCCCGGUUGGCCUUAAUACACUGGUUAUACCACGCAAAGUGAAUAUCAGUGAUCAGGUGAAUCAGCCUUAUGUGUACUUAAACUGCGGCCAUGUGCAGGGUCAUCAUGACUGGGGUCAGGAUGAGAAUACUGGUGCUCGCCGUUGUCCCAUGUGCCUAGAACUGGGUCCUGUUGUUACCUUGUGCAUGGGCCUAGAGCCGGCCUUCUAUGUGGACGUGGGCGCACCCACGUUCGCAUUCAAUCCAUGUGGACACAUGGCGACUGAGAAAACUGUCAAGUACUGGGCAAAUGUGGAAAUACCGCACGGAACCAACGGCUUUCAGGCCGUUUGUCCUUUCUGUGCGACACCGCUGGAUGGCGCGACUGGCUACAUUAAAUUAAUUUUCCAGGAUAAUUUAGAUUAAAUAUAUGUAUAUGUAUGUGCACAUCUUUAAAGUAAAUAUGUAUUUGUAGUAAUUGAACAAUGUCGAAGUUUGAAGCAGGCAUUAAAACUAGGCUUUAUUUAUUAUAAUUAAUUAAUUAAUUAUAAAUGUAUUAAUGGAGAAAUACAAGAAACAUAUUAUUUAAAAUGAAAGUAAAUUACAUAUGUAUUUUGUAAAAGUUAAUUGCUUUAAUUGCUAUCUUACAACUGUUUAGUAAUUAUUCAUCAAACGCAAACAUUUACAAUAUCAAUUACAUGCAACAGACCCCAAAUUGCAUGUCAUACAUAGUUUAAUGUUAUUUUCUUUCCUAUACAUUUUGUCUGUUGUAUAAAUUAUUUUCAAAGCAAAGAUUGCAUAACAAAUUUAAUAAGAAUUCAACAAAAAAAAAACCCGCAGUAACAAUUAAUUGAUUGAUUUAAUUAAAUCGCACUGAUUUAAGCUGCCAGCUGCCUAAACUGUGUAUAUGUAAUUCUGUAUAAACAUAAGAUUGAACCAUAAUUUUAAUAUUAAAUGCGUAUCUGUAGCAACAUUAACAACAAUAUCAAAAAGAGCAGCAACUAUGUUUUCCCAUUCGUACUGGCAAACAAUCAAUCAACAUUUAUGUAUUUUUUUUACCAAAUCUAGAGCUUACAAACUAAUUUUAAUACUAAUUCAUACAAAAAAAGAAAAAAUGGAAACAAAUUCUAAAAAUAUGUACAGUUUCAUAUGUUUGUCGCAAUUAAGAAAAUAUUACGCAUUUACACAAAAACCAUAUAAUUCAAAUGCAAAUUUCUAAAAAUUAUCUCAGCCUUUCAUACAUAUUACAUUUCUGUCUGUACACAUUAUGCAUUAUUACGUUAAUUACUAUUACAUUACAUCAAACAAAAUUAUUCGUAUUAUUAUUUUGUAUGCAAAGAAAAAAAUAAAAAAACAGAAAAAAAUAGGAAAGUUCAACAAAAACACUGUGUUCAUCAAAUGUUGCGACACGAUAAUGUUACCAAUUAAAACAUUACAAACAAAUUAUAAUAAAUAUAAACUGUAAAAUAAAAAUCUAGCGUAUCUACAAAUAUACAAA